CACCGCCCCCCUCUGGCUGCCUGCAUGAGUAAAUCCACAUGUUCUAUAAUCUGUGUUGUCCAGCGGAUUCCUUCUUUUUUUUGAUUCCUCCUCUCAUUCCAGACGAAGGGGCGGCAUCGAACCAUUUUCAUCACAAACAGCGACGUGAACCGUAGAACCUCCGAGACAAAGCCUCGUUGUUUUCAAACCUCCCUCCAGCGCCAGUGACUGAAAGGAACCUGCUGGUCCCCGGGUCCACCUGAUGAGCAUGAGCCUGAAAACAGAACCCUCUAACGAUGGUCCCGCUGUUACAGAAGAGGUGAGCAAAAUGACUCCGCCUGAGAAGAAGGAGAAGAAGCCAGACGAUGUGGCUGAGGAGGAGGAGGAGGAGGAAGAAUAUAUUGUGGAAAGGGUCCUGAAUCGGCGAGUGGUGAAAGGGAGAGUAGAGUAUCUUCUCAAGUGGAAAGGCUUCUCUGAAGAAGAUAACACGUGGGAGCCCGACGAUAACCUGGACUGUCCAGAUUUGAUUGCAGAAUUUCUGCAGUCCCAGAAAACCGCUCACGAUGGAAAGAGGAAGGCGGCCGGAGAGGCAGAGGGAGACGAGAGUAAAUCGAAGAAGAAGAAAGACGACCCAGAGAAGCUCCGGGGCUUCGCUCGAGCUCUGGACCCAGAGAGGAUCAUCGGGGCCACAGAUUCCACAGGAGAACUCAUGUUCCUCAUGAAAUGGAAAAACUCUGACGAGGCCGACUUGGUGCCGGCGAAGGAGGCCAACGGGAAGUGUCCGCAGGUCGUCAUCGCGUUCUACGAAGAGAGACUCACUUGGCACUCGUAUCCCACCGAAGACGAGAAAAAGGAGGACAAAAACUAACACAGGGCGAAGAAAGAGAAUUUCAUUGUACUUUCAACAGGGGGGGGAGCAGAGACAAGUAAGACACCACUGGACUCAUUCGUCUCUUGGUGUCGUAUCACUCAUUCGGUUCUUUUAUCUGGAUAUAAACUAAAUGUAUAUAAGCUUCAGGUCCAUCUGAAUUAAGACAGUGUUCAUUCUCAGUAUCCAUUUGAGUUUUAACGAGUCGUCCGACAAUUUCAGUCUGAUCUCCACACGACAUCUCGCUGCGACGUGGAAUCAGUGCGCUGACGUUUUAAUUUCAUUAUCGUGCCAUUUACUCGGUUCACCGGUGCUUUUCCGAGGGCGACACCGUUUCCUCUUAGCUGUUACCUUAGGACUUGGUGUACGGUGAUGAAGUCUCUCUUUCAGUGAGUCGUUCUCUGUAGUGUUUUUCAUUGUGUUUUGCUUCUCACUUUUUGAAAAUAAACCACUUUUUGUUACUG